AUGGAGGGCAGCGGAAAAACUCCAGAACUUAGCCAAGGGAACCGAGAUCAAGAGAUGGCGGAACUUGCCAAGGAAGUAAAAGACCUCCAAAGGAAGGUUGAAGGUGGAAGAGACCGGCCAAUCGCUCUAUCUCUGUUAUCUGCCAGUCCAUUCUCUAUGAGGAUCCAAGAAUAUCGCGCACCAAGAGACUUCAAAUGCCCGACGAUGCCUACUUACGAUGGAAUGGAGGACCCCAGCGAUCACCUGAUACGCUUCCAGGCAAAGAUGAUGGUAAUAGGGGCGGAAGACCCCAUGUAUUGUCGCGCCUUCUUCUCAACCCUGGGAGGGGCAGCGCAGCAAUGGUUCCUAUCUCUACCACCGCGGUCCAUCAACCGCUUCGAAACCUUGGCCGAACAAUUCCUAACCUACUUUGCGGGAAGCAUGAAAACGAAGAAGCACUUCAUGGAUUUGACCACCAUUCAACAAGGAGAAACUGAGACACUAAAGGAAUUCUUAAAAAGAUGGCAGAAAGAGGUACAAACAGUAGAAGACUUGAACGACCAAACGACUCUCACUUUGUUCGUGGAGGCCCUAAGAUCAGGUGAUCUGUUCACCAGCCUACGAAGGGAGACCCCAGAAACGUAUGCACAGGCCGUCCAGCGGGCCAACAAAUACGCAGAAAUAGAAGAGGCUUUGCGACAAAAACGAAGGCGAGAGGCAAAAAGCCACCGCGAUGAAGCAAGAGCGCGUCCAGUGGAUCGAUCGUCCAAAUGGGAAGACAGACCCAACAUCGAUUGA